UGGGUAUAUUAAAGAAAAUGUUUAGCAUGGUCUAAACAAGCAUAUCGGUAAAAUAUGAGAACAGGAAUAAGCCACCAGAUUAGUUAGGACUUAGGACCCAUAAAACACUAACAAACUCGGCAUUUGGAACACUGGCACGUGUCAAUUAAUUUCCAGCAAAACUUCGACAUUGAAUUGGCCAUGAAAACUUGAUCAUGAAUGCGUUUUUUUGUUAUCAUCUUUCCUCUCGUUUGAACUGAAUAACACGGUUACAUUACAGAAUACAAAGUAAUAUGGGAACAGACGAAACUUUUCCAGCGGCAGACGUUGCUGCGGAGCUAAAUCCCGGAAAUAAUACACGGGUUCAAGUUGAUCCGGUAUCAUCCGAGGUGGCGGCCGCCAAGGAAAUUCAGGAACAAGCUGAGGCUGAAGAUAAGAAGAAGGAAAGGCGAAAGAAGGAAGCGUUGCAAAAGCUGAAAUCAGGCAUUAUAAUCUCUGCGGUAGUUGUGGCUGUGGCAGGUGCUGCCUUUGCCAUUGCCAAGAAGUUGAGAGAGAAAUGACAUCACCUUCAUAGAGAUUUAAUUUUUCUAGGUUAGUUUUACAUUAGUUCACAUUCUUCCUUUUUUUUUUUAAUUCUCAAUAAAUUCCCAGCCCCCAACAUUAUUAUUCCUAUUGAGAUGAUCAUCAUCAUGUAUGCUUUUUU